GGGCUGCGCGUGUUGUCGCUCGACGGCGGCGGCUCGCGCGGCGUCAUCACGAUCCAGCUCCUCAAGGAGCUCCAGGCGAGGGCCUUUCCCGGUCGGGAGCCCAGCGACGUCUUCGAUUUGGUCGUGGGCACGUCGACGGGCGCGAUUUUGGCCGUGCUCCUCGGCGCGAAGCAGUGCUCCUUGGACGUCGCGGCGCGGCUCUACGACGCGCUGAUCGACCGCAUCUUCGUCAAGGAG